AGCCGUAACGCCAACGUCGGCAGCAGGCACCGUCUACCGUCAGUCAUGAUAUCGCAGACAAAAAAGGGAGAGAAAUAAAGGAAAAGGGGUUGCGGUGUCGGCACGGGAAGCUGAACAGGGCAGGUUGGCUAUCCAUCCCAGGUCUUGUUGCUCAAACCUCGUUCUAAACAAUAUCGCCAACGACACCACCGUCGCGGAAAGGGCCGCGUGAAACAUCCCGAGAACACACACACACAAAAAAAAAAAGAUGAAAGGAGAAAAAGACAGGAAAGAUAAGAAGACACGGCGCGGGAAUACGAGCGAUAGCAACGCAAAUCGACGGCGACAAUCUGACAAUCUUGCAAGCCGAGAAUCUGCCCCCAAACCCAGCCCGGCUGUGGUGUGUGUGUGUGUGUGGCUCACGCACCGAGGAGCGUUGUGGUGGGAGGGGAGUGAUCAGCUGGUUGUUGCUCCAUCCAAUCAGGGGUCAAACGGACUCCUCCCUCGCGACCACUAGGCACGUCCCGAGACCACCCUAACAUCACCGCAAUGCGACAUGUCAAAGAUUCCGGCCCGCGUCCUGUGGCAGAUCUCUGCAACUCUGUUUUUUCGUUUUUAUCGUCUCCUCCUCUCUGUGUGUGCGGGACCUGUUCGGCGAGGUUGCCGUUGGAUCCCCUUUCCCCCAAGGCCGCUCGCUCGCGACCAAAUGCCGCUCUUGCGUUGCAUUUCCUCGACAACCACACCGAGGAGUGUCCGCAUCCCUCUGGCCGGGGGUCUUGCUGUGCUGCGCGCCGCGGAGUCUGUUCUCUGCCUCGACCCCCCCCCACCCCCGGGUCAACUGCUUGUACUGAGUACGGGCCAGGCACGCUGUUGGUGGACUUCACCGGUUUUCGGUGUAGUCCGGGGAUACCGUCGUGCUGUGUGUGGGGGUUGAUACGGGGAUCGAC